AUGUUCAAACUCGGCCGCGCACCUCCACCUCCUCGUCCUCCCACCCCAGUCCCGAAGUUCAAAUAUCUUCGAGACCCGAAAGAGCACGGAAGAGACUAUGCACAUCGUCAAGAUCCCUUUGAGGGCGAUUUCUGCGUCGUAUCUAUAGACCAUGUGGCAUCUGUGGCGUACCUGGGCCCGGAAGCCAUGGAGGCUGCAAAACGUAUACCGUCUGGUCAGUAUGUAGCGUAUGUGGGUACGUCGCACGGCAUCCCAUACGAAGGCAAGGCGACAAACUCGUUCACACUCUCCCUCGUCUGCCAAGGCGUACCUCCGACGUCUGCAUAUUGCGACGAGACUCCAGCUUGCGUUCCCAUCCUCCCCAACGAUACGCCAUUCGGCGGAAGACAACCUCUGGAAGCUUGUGCGCCCUUCCCUUGGCCGAACUGCUACAUUUCCACUUUCGAUACGAAGGAUUGUCGCGUCACGACUGCGAAGCGCGAUUAUAGCCCCGUUCUCUGCUUGAUCCCGCUGCGCAUGGCGGCAAGGACGUAUCGCACCAUCGCCAAGGACUCUUUCUCACUGGGUAACUUCUACGACCGCCGACGUGCUGGAGACGCAGAGGUGCUCGGACGUAUGCCGUUCUCGCCCAGUCCUGAGCCGUCAGAUGACCCCUUUCCCUUCUUGCCUCCCGCCCCCGAAUCGACCAGCGAUGCCGAAGUCGCUUCAGGCUCGACGUUUGCACCUCAGGACAACACUCGCCCCAACGAUCCUCCCACCUCGUCUAAAUCUCUGUCAGAUCUAACGUCAGCCACACCCAUCAACACUGCCCUGGCCACAGCUUUGUUUAGCAGUGGGGAUACCAGAGAUCCUGUCGUCAACAUCUGGUACGAUCUGGACAUGGUAUCCGAAGUGAGGGACCCAGAGCUCUUCAUGAAGGAAUGCGAUAUGCUUGAUUUGCUAAGGUUACACUACGAGGCUCUGCGUAGACGCAUGCGCGAUGACCGCCGCCCGCCGGCGGCGGUUACGGUGCAGCCUAUGACUGCCGACCGAGAUGUAGCGUCAAGUGAGGACGUGGUCGGGCAUGUGCGGUUGGGCUCUACCCAAAGUCCGCGUCGGCCAGCACGUCGCGCAACGCGUCAAGGUUCUCCUAUGCAGUACCGCGCAUACGUGAAAGUCCCAGCUACAUGUUCAACAUGGCGAUAG